AUGACAACUACUCCAAAUGAUCAAUUACAUCCAAACUGGAAGAAGUCGACCAUAGUGCCUGUUCAAACCACAGGAAGUCAGAAUGGAGAAAACUCUAUGGAAAUAAUAUCGACUGGAACGAGUGAAGAUGAAUUGGUCUUGAAAUCAAGGUUCACAAUCUCCAUCAAAUCUUGUUCAAUAACCAUCUUUUUAACAGUGAUAUUGUUAUGUGUUUUAUUCCUUACAGCUAUUUGGGUAGCCUUUUUUGCUGAUACCACCCGAACUUUGUCUCGAUCACUCACAGAGGCUCAAUUCUCAAAAAUUACACAAUACACUGAAAACACAUUUAGAGAAAUUGCUGUUGGUUCAGACACAAUGAAGAACCAACUGAUAGUGGCCAUGUCAAAUAAUCACUCUGAUGUUUUCCAACCAAAGGUUAUGAAGCACAUGCAAAACAUUUACUUUAACGAAAUCAAGUACCAUGCAGGAUUUGUUAAUGCUGCAAGUUUGUACGGAAGAGGAAAUCCCCACCAAGGUAUUUUGAUGGUGAAAACACUUCCAGUUUCACAAACUUUGCAAAAUGAUACUGGUCUGUACAGAUAUCCAUGUGUAACCCUUAAUGUAAAUCAAGGAUGCAUUCCUGCCAACUUUUCAUACUCUGUUAAAACAACAAAACCAUACGAUACAAGAUCCUCAUAUUCAGUUAUCAAAACCAAUCCUGGAAAACCUGUAUAUACACUCACCUAUAAAUCUCCAGGUAUUGAUGCUGUGUUGAUAGCUUUGGUUAAUUCAUUUACAGCACCUAAUAAUACUCAAGCCACAAGUGACAAACCAUUUGAUUGGUUUCUCCACUUGGAUAUGAGUGUGGACAAUAUGAGUAAAUUCUUAAAAACAGCAACAGCAGAUUAUGUUAUUGGAUCAAUAGGUUUGAUCAUUGAAUCAAGCACCAAUUUUAUUAUUGCCAGUAAGUAG